GGUAAGAUUGUAAUCGGUACGAUUUUUAAAAACAAUGAAAACUUGUUGAUACUAAUUUUGAUAAAAUAAUAUCUGAAAAUUUAUUUUUUAAGAUUUUCGUGUAAUUGAAAAGUAGUAAACCACCCAUAAAAAAAACAUUGCUUAGCAUUUGACAUGGCAACUGUGGUAGCUAAUCCACCGAAAAAGACUAGCAAUUCUAACAACCAAGCAACAACUGGCGUUCGUAAAAAGUCUGGACCAAAAUUUGAACUUUCUGAAGAACAGAAAAGGGAUAUUAAAGAAGCAUUCGAUUUAUUUGAUACUGAAAAUACUGGUAAAAUAGACACUAAAGAAUUGAAAGUAGCUAUACGCGCUCUGGGAUUUGAGCCAAAGAAAGAGGAAAUAAAAAAAAUGAUUGCAGAAAUAGAUAAAGGCGAUGGGAAGGUCUCAUUUGAUGAUUUUUUAGAUUUAAUGACAGUUAAAAUGGCUGAAAAAGAUACAAAGGAGGAAAUAAUGAAGGCAUUCAAACUUUUUGAUGAUGAUGAAACAGGAAAAAUAUCCUUUAAAAACCUAAAAAGAGUUGCAAAAGAAUUAGGUGAAAAUUUAACUGAUGAAGAACUUCAUGAAAUGAUAGAUGAGGCAGAUCGGGAUGGCGAUGGUGAAAUAAAUCAGGAAGAGUUUUUACGCAUUAUGAAGAAAACUAGUCUAUAUUAGGUUUAGUAUUUUUAUAAAAGUGCACAAAAGCUUUUAGUUUUAUUGUGGCUGGUACUACAUAUACUGUUUAUAAGGUUCCUUACCUUACAUCUGUUUAGUUUUUCUUUUUAAGAUUGUUUAAAAAACGUAUACUGUUUUGAUAUACUAUUAAGAGCUAUAAAUUUAAAAAAUACAAAGUCAAUAUUUACAAUAUUUAUAUUUGUCCAAAUGAGUAUAUUACCUCUCUCAAUCAAUGUUGUCAACUUCUAUUUAAGACUGUUAAUUCUGUUGUACAAUUUCUAUUUUUAAGACAGUCUAUUUAUCUGUGGAUUUUUGAAUUGCUUAUUACUUAUAGAAAACUUACUUUGGUUUUGGCUUACGUAAGUACUAAAAAAAGGAGCUUAAAAAGUUUUAAACAUUUGUUAUAUUAUUUACAAACAAUAAUGUGCAUUAAAGUAAGAACUUUAAUGCACAUUAUAAAAGCUAAGUAAUACCGCCAUUAUAUCCUUUAAUCAUCUUUUAAAAGAAGUUGACUACACUACUUUUUAGUGCCUUUUGACUCCCAACAAAUAGUCUUGGUCUAAUUAAUGAACCUUUCUUGUACUUAUUAGUGAUUUCUCAUUUAUAAAAACAUUAUAAAUAUUUUGAAUCAAUUUCCUAUACUGACUUA